AGUUCCCCAUCAGCCUUCCACUGAGCAGGAACCGGGGUUGCUUGAACGAGCGUUUAAAAACUUUAACAGUAAAAUUAGAACACUGAAUUUGCCAUGGGGUGGUUUCGUUUCUGGCUCGUCCACUUUUUGAUAGUGUUCGUCAAGUCAGAGUUACAAUCAGAAAAUAAUGAAGGGCCAAAAUCGACCGCAUCGUCAGCUUUUUGCAGUACAGAAUGCAACCAGCAAUUACAGAAUCGAUUGGAGACGAUUGAAGCUGCGGUUCGGACAAUCGUGUCUGCCGUUUCGAGUCAAACGGACGAUCUGUUUGCUCCAAUCAAAGAAAUAUUUCAGCUGGAUCCAUCAGUUAGAUCAAUCCUAUCUUUAAAUUAUACAACGUCAUCAACUAUUGCAAGUAGUAAAAAUUCCACUUUCAAAACUAAAUCUGUUACUAUUGCCCAAGGGAAUUCGCAAGGAAAUCAGCAACCAGAGAAAUCCACCGCAGUUGACAAUCUUAAAGGAGCUGUUAAAUGUUCGUUGGCUCAUUUGGUGGACAUCAAUACAAUUGAUUUUAACUCGCGUCUUAACAAGUCUUCUGAAAUUUCAGCUUCUUUAACCAACGAUUUCCUUGAACUAACAUGGUCUAUAUUCUCCACGGAGUGUCUGAAAUUCAGUUCAGGUGUCUGGAUUCGGGUUUAUCAGCAAGCACCUGAAAGCGAUUACAAGUUGCAACCGGAAACGUCCUUGUACGUCCCUCAAAAAUGCCUCAAAAAGAAAUCGAAAACUUCGUAUUCUAUCGUUCUCUCGCCAUCGCCUUUAAAGGGAAAGAAAAUUUCCUGUGCCUUUUAUUUGACAAGGCAUCUUACCCCGUGUCUUGCUUAUGUCGUUGAAAUUAUUCCAAACUUCCAAUCACUUCGAGGCAAAACUCUACGCACAGAUAUUAUUGUUCCGCCUAAUAUGAAAAGAAGUGACGAGUCCCAUUUUAAACCACUCAUAAGUGUUGCAGCUCAAUCCACUUCGUUGACGUUGAAUUGGGAAGACAAUUCUGGAUGCGCAGAGCAAUUAACUUCUUUCACUUUAAAAAUUUUUCAAGAUGGAAUUGUAGAUGAGGUUGAAAGACCGAACAUGACAGUGACGAUUCCUCGCAGCUGCCUGAAGCGAUCAACAAAUGAAGACAAUCUGUUCUCGUUGGUGUUGCCCGCUAAGCCCGCUAAUCAAUUAAUGUGCCCAGCAAUAGAGUGGAAACCUUUGGACAGGUGUCGCAAAUACAGGAUUGACAUGAACUCUCAGUAUUCCGAUACUUGGAAUGGUCCUUCUUCAUCUUUGGACAUAUUUACAGGACAAGAAGAAGUCGUUAUUGAACCCACGACGGAUUUAAGCAAUGCUGUUUGGAGAUGUCCAAAACAACAUUAUUUUUGCAAUGAUUACGAUCAUGAUGGAUGUGCGCACACAAGCUAUUACAUUUGCGACGGACAAUAUAAUUGUGAAGGCAUGGACGAAAAGUAUUGCGAUCAAACUUUAUGUGUCAAAGACGAUGGAUUUAAAUGUGGACGGCAGUGCGUACCGAAAGAAUUAGUUUGCGAUGGAAAAUACGAUUGUCUAGACGGAUCCGAUGAAGAUGGCUGUAGUGUCAAGUGCGAGCACCUUACAAACCCAUCGGGCCACUUUUCUUCGGAUAUAUUUCCCAAACCUACAGUCGAUGUAAUGCAUCCGGAAAGAAUUUUAGCUGCCGUUCGAAAAACGAUUGUUUUGAUAUCAGUGCAACGCAGUCAUCAAAUUUGGCUAUCAUUCGAUAGGUUUACCACUGUCAAUAACACAGAUUUUCUGAAAGUUUACGACGGCCCUUUCUCGACCAGCCCCCUUCUCUUAUCCCACAGUGGAUCAAAAAAACCGCCGUCAGUACGAUCAUCCGCCAACGAAUUGUUUUUAGAGAUUCCCUCCUAUUACGACACGAAUUAUAUAGUUGAAGGGUCCUAUACAAGUAUCAACAGCACAGAUGAACCUUUUAAGCCAGGCUGUGGGGGUUUUAUGAAUGCUGAAGGCACAUUCUUUACUCCGAACUAUUCAUCCGACACCGACAUCGUUGACUGUUUUUGGUUAAUCGAAACGAGACAAAUCGACGACUUAAUCCUUCUUCAAAGAAACUACUCCGACCUAAAACACCCGACGGCUGCUUUGUUUUCUUCCCGGACUCAUCCAGAAAUGAUUGUAUAUGACGGAUGGAGUACAGACGGCCUUGUCCUAUACGACACGAAAUACUCUAAUAUUCCAUACAAAAAGGUGAUCUACUCGGUCAGCAAUAAAAUGAUGAUUCAUUUUAAACCUCCGAGAAUCCAAGAGAAUCAUGUAUCUCACUGGAACGUCUCCAAAAUAUCCACACCCCAAUGCAAGAAUUACUUAGAAGGAACUAGCGGAACUAUAAAAAGCCCUAACUAUCCAAAGGUGUAUCCUAAUCUGACGGACUGUCGCUGGACUAUCAGUGUGACACCGGGAUCAAAAGUCCGGUUACUUUUUGCAUUCUUUGAAACACAAGAGGGAGCGGAUUUUAUUUCCGUUUAUGAUGGAUCAACGAUAAACGAAAAGCUGCUGUUGACUGAAUCGGGAUCAGUACCUACUCCUUUUGUUGUUAAUUCUUCGACUAAUCAAGUGUUGGUCAGGUUUACAUCAGACGGUGAUACUUCCCUGUCUGGUUUUCUUGCCGUCUACUCAUCUGUAUGAAAUUCAUUCUUAUACAUGCAUCUU